AUGGCAGAGGUGGUAGGCCUGGUCGCCAGUGUCGUGCAGUUGGCUGGCGCUGGCUUGAAGCUGUCCCAGACGCUGUACCAGUAUGCCGAUGGUGUGGCUUCUGCCGAUCGCAGAAUCAAGGAUAUCGCGAACGAAGUCAAGCUCACAAGCUUCGUUAUCCAAGAGCUGGGAACCAUCUUCGAGAGAGACGAGACUGCAAACCUGAUUUCGGAAAAUGCAGUCAAGACGGCGAACGAGACGAUCAAGGAGUGUUUUGCGGUUUUCACGGAGCUUGAGUUGAAGAUCAAUAAGGGCAAGCCAGGAAAGAUGGGCCGGCUGAUGUUGCCCUUCAAAGACAACAAGAUCGAACUGCUCCGAAGCCAAAUCGAUAAGCUCAAGAGCACGCUGGAGCUGUUGAUGCAGGUACUCAUACACGCCCAUCAAGUUUCAUCGGAGAAGUACAACCGCGAGGCUGAAGCGAAACACCGGGAAGAGAUCAAGCAGUUACUCGAAAACAAGAAGCAGGCCACAAAGAAGUACGAGGAGUCGCUGAGAAACUUUAGUAUCAGCGAUGGCAGUACUGCUGUAGACGAUGGCGAUCGAUCAGUACAGGAUGAAGACGACGUUGCUUCGUCGUCUAACAUCUUCAACGCUGCGGUAGCCAUGGGCUCAACAGUCAACCCCGAUACGCUUGCCACAUGUGUGGACCAUGUACGAAGCCUGCUCACAGACAUUGAGACACUGCAGCUUGCUUUGGCCAAACAAGUAGAUGGGGAUGAUCAUUCGGAUCACCAUCAGAAGGCUAUCGGAUCCUACUUUCUUGCUCGCUCUCAUCUCGACAGUGUGCUGCUUGGUAAUGCUCAAGCCAAAGUCACCGAUACAUCAAGUCAACCAUGGAUCAGCAAGACGAGCACCCAGACUAGUGUAUCUGCUACGUUGAAUGAGACGGCAAAGGAUGAAGAUGUCAGCAGCUCUUCGAGUAACGAAAGAGCACGAAUAGAGUUCGAGAUGUGGCGAGUGAGAGAGCGAGCGAAAGAGCGAACAAGAGACCGAGUUUCUGCUGAAGUCAACCGGGGGUCGACACCCGCCAGCCGUCAUCUUGAGCGGGUAGCAAGAAACCAAAGGGCCAAGGUUGAGCAUAGAAGCGCCACACGGGGUUCAGCCCACCGCCCUCCAUUGCGCGCGGAAAGCGAAGAUAUUCCCCUCGCCUUACCUCCUAGUGCAGAUUAUAUGCCGUCUAGUUACCGUGAGGAGUAUGCACCUACACUCCGAAGGACCAGCAAUCGAACCGACCCAGAAACGGAUGGAGCUUCAGAUGGUGAACUCGUAACCGAGGUGUCCGAUCAAAUUGAUCGACCUGGAGCAACGCAUUCUCAGCUACAGUUGAACAAUGAACGCUCCCAUGCGGAUGAUGCUCAGCACCCGCUUCUAAGCCAGGCGAGGCUAGCGAAACUAGAAGCUCGCGCUCGAGAUGAGAGGCUUUGGCAAGAAGAACUACGUAGAAGAGAAGGUUCCAGUGCCCCUGAAAGAGUCAAAGCAACCAAAAGGCGCGAUUCUCGUCGACCUACACAGUCUCAGCUAUCACAGCCAGCCCGCGAUAGAUCGCCUUCGUCGUCGCUCGGAUACUUGUCAGAAGAAAUUAGAAAUGGCUCAUAUGCGUCUAGCAGGCGCGUCCAGGAGGCUAAACGAAGUCCUAAGAAAGACAAGGACAAGAUCGAACACGAUGGACCACCGGCCGUAAUGGCCUCGUGCGACGAUUCAUCUGAAACGAAUGAGCCCAAUCAGAGGGAGAAAGCGAUAGCAAGAGAGCAAAUGCGUAGGAGGAGGAGAAACCACCGUGAACGAAAAGAGCGAGAGGAACAGGAAAAGGCACGUAGGGAAUGUAAGUAUAACCUCAACUUGCAAGCACACAGAAACCAGGAGCUGCACCUUUCGUAUCGCACCAUUGAAGAAACAGGCCUAACGUUACCAUCAGAUAUCGAAAAGCUGAAGAUGCCAGAAUUGGCAGAACAAUCUUCGACUCACGCGGGCAAGCCUGCUCAUGCCGAUAAGGUUGCAGCUGACCUCCGGGACGCCGCUUUGUACUCCAUAGACGACCGCGUGAACCAGCAAAUGGCUCUUCUUCUCGCCAAGGAGGACCAGCGAUCCAGCCCUGACUCCAACUGCACUUUCAGAAUAGACCUACCAGAAGACAGAGGCGCUUCGAAGACAUCCCAGAGUCAGCAGGCCCAAGAGUUUGCAUCGGCGCAGCUACCAGACACCAUGAACGGUCACGCUCCCGCUCUCCUAUUCGAGCUCGGAUUGAUACUGCGCCCCCGGUAUCUCUCCAUUCUGAUCACCAUUAUCGACUCCCAAUACUAG